GUGCGCUCAGCAGCCCGCAGUCCCGCUCCUGUUGUGUUUAACUUUGUGGCCCGGGAUGGGGAAGGGGUUUUAUAUCAGUAAGGCGGUGCUGCUCACCGGAGUCGUGCUCGCUGCCGCAGCCGCCGUUACCAUCAUCGCCCUGGCCGUGGUUUAUGCUCAGGAGAAGGCCAACAACUCGGAGGCACAGCAGCCCGACCGUCCCGGGACCAGCACCGAGCCCCCGGCACCGGGCACCGAGCCCCCGGCACCGGGCACCGAGCCCCCGGCACCGGGCACCGAGACCCCGGCACCGGGCACCGAGCCCUGGGACAGGUACCGCCUGCCCGGGGACUUGAUUCCCGAUCACUAUGAGGUGACCUUGUGGCCGCGGCUGGACGAGGACCCGGUGAAAGGUUACUAUUUCACGGGUAACUCCACGGUGUAUUUCCGCUGCGAACAGGCGACGAAGUUGAUCCUUGUGCACAGCCACAAGUUGAAGGUGAUGGAGCCCGAGCUGCGGGCUAUAGGGGCCGGUUCCCCUCCUGUCCCCACCCUGCACCGCUGGUGGCUGCACAAUCAAACCCAGUUCCUGGUGAUCGUACUGUCCAAUCCGCUCUCCAAGGGGAACCGCUACUCUCUCCAUACCCAGUUCGAAGGCGCCUUGGCGGAUGAUCUGAGUGGAUUUUAUCGGAGCCAUUAUGUCAAUGAAACCGGCCACGUCAGAGUUAUUGCAACAACUCAGAUGCAGCCUACUGAUGCCAGAAAAGCAUUCCCAUGCUUUGAUGAACCAGCAAUGAAAGCAACAUUCAAUAUAACUCUGUAUCAUAAAGAGGAAUACAGUGCAAUCUCCAACAUGCCAGAAUAUGAAAGGACAACUAUACAUGAUAAUGGCAUGACGUGGAUAAUCACUAGCUUUGAAAAGACACCUAAGAUGUCUACUUACCUGCUUGCUUUUAUUGUUUCUGACUUCGAUUAUGAUUAUGACAAUACAAGUGAUACUGAGAUCCGCAUUUGGGCACGAAAGCAAGCAAUUGAGGAAGAUCAAGGAAAAUACGCAGUAAAUGUUACUGGGAAAAUUCUACAAUUUUUUGAAAAUUAUUACAAUGUUUUCUAUCCACUCCCAAAAUCAGAUCAGAUUGCCCUUCCUGAUUUUAAUGCUGGCGCAAUGGAGAACUGGGGUCUUAUCACCUAUCGUGAGACUGCUCUCCUGUAUGAUCGCAACCUGUCAUCUAUUGGAAACAAGGAGAGAGUAGUAACGGUUAUUGCACAUGAACUGGCUCAUCAGUGGUUUGGAAACCUGGUAACGAUAAAGUGGUGGAAUGACCUGUGGCUGAAUGAAGGAUUUGCUUCUUAUGUUGAAUACCUAGGAGCAGAUGAGGCUGAGCCAGAGUGGGGUGUGAAAGAUCUAAUUGUACUGGAUGACAUUUACAGAGUUUUUGCUGUUGAUGCUUUAGCAUCCUCUCAUCCUCUCUCCUCUGAAGAAACUGAUAUUAACACACCAGCUCAAAUUAAUGAGCUUUUUGAUGCAAUCUCAUACAGUAAGGGAGCAUCUGUCCUUCGCAUGCUUUCUGACUUUCUGACUGAAAACAUAUUUGUCAGAGGACUCAAUACCUAUCUCCGUCAAUUUUCAUAUGGCAACACGAUAUACACAGACCUCUUUGAGCAUCUGCAGAAGGCUGUUGGUAGUUCUAUCAAUUUGCCGACAACAGUUGGUGAAAUUAUGAGUCGAUGGACACUACAGAUGGGUUUUCCAGUUAUUACAAUAGAUACGACAACUGGAACUGUUACCCAAAAACACUUUCUUCUUGAUCCAAAUUCAACUGUGACUCGUCCUUCAAAAUUCAAUUACACUUGGAUUGUACCAAUUACGUGGACGAAAGGAGGAAUAGAGAACAGUACUUGGUUACUGGAUCCCCAAAAAACCAUUCUGGAAAUGAAAUUGCAUGGAAAGGAGUGGCUGGUGGCCAAUAUUAAUGUUACGGGAUAUUACAGAGUGAAUUACGAUGAGACAAACUGGAAGAAACUUGUGAAUCUAUUGUUAACAAAUCAUGAGCAUUUACCAGUCAUUAACCGAGCACAGAUAAUGGCCGACUCAUUUAAUCUUGCAAGAGCAAAAUAUCGUGAAACCACAGCGGCACUAGACACAACAAAAUACCUGGUCAAUGAGUUGGAAUAUAUUCCAUGGCAGGCUGCCCUCGAUAACCUGGCAUAUUUUGAGCUCAUGUUUGACCGUACAGAGGUUUUUGGGCCCAUGAAGAAGUACAUGUUGCAACAGGUGACCCCACUGUACAAGCACUUUGAAAAUCUCACCAAGAACGGGACACAACCGGAUAGUCUCAUGGAUCAAUAUAAUCAGAUUAAUGCAGUGCGCGUUGCUUGUGGAUAUGGUCUCAAGGACUGUGAAGUUAUGGCACAAACAUUUUAUUUGAAGUGGAUGGCAAACCCCAAUGAUAAUCCAAUUCCUGUGAAUCUGAAGACAUCAAUUUAUUGCAGUGCAAUUGCUUCAGGGAAUGAGGCAGAGUGGAACUUUGCAUGGAAAAUGUUCCAAAAUGCUAAAAUAGCCACAGAGGCAGACAAACUGCGAUCAGCCAUGGCUUGUACUAGACACACUUGGCUUCUCAAUCGAUAUCUUCAUUAUACUUUGGAUUCAACCAAGAUUAGAAAGCAAGAUGCUACAUCGACCAUUACUUCCAUUGCCAGUAACGUGAUUGGUCAGUCUCUGGCCUGGGACUUUGUCAGAGCAAACUGGAAAUUUAUCUUUGAGCAAUAUGGUGGUGGAUCAUUUUCAUUCUCAUCAUUGAUAAAGGGAGUGACACAACGAUUUUCCACAAAAUUUGAACUAAGCCAGCUUGAGCAGUUUAAGACAGAAAAUGAGGAUGUUGGAUUUGGUUCUGGGACUCGGGCACUAGAACAAGCUUUGGAGAGUACCAAGGCUAAUAUCAGAUGGGUUAAUGAAAACCAGGAAGCUGUUCACGACUGGUUUCUUAAUGCUGUCAAUUCAACAAAUCCUGCAUUGAACAGCCGCUGGUAACAGAAAAUAACAUUGAAAUAAAUAAAUCUGAAUGCAA